AUGUUGGGGGCCGGAGACAGUAGCUAUAUUGUCAAGCUACGCGGAUUGCCUUUCUCCACAUCGGUGGAAGACGUGCUAGAUUUUCUUUCUGGCGUAAAUGUGGUCAACGGCAAAGAAGGUGUACAUUUAACUGAAGUGCGUCCUGGCCGGCCAUCGGGAGAGUGUUUUGUAGAAGUUGAAAGUAAUCAAGAUGUUGAGGAGGCACUCAAAAAAGAUAAGGACAUCAUGGGGAAAAGAUACAUUGAAGUAUUUUCCACUGACCGCCAAGACAUGGAGUGGGCUUUGAACGCAAUGCGUCAAAGCGAGAAUGGUUUCGACGGUAUACCUAACGUGUCUGACGACAUGGGUAUAGUUAAACUUCGGGGUCUGCCAUUCGGCUGCUCUAAGGAGGAAAUUGUUCAGUUUUUUGACGGACUGACCGUCGCCGCGGACGGGGUCCACUUGCUCUCGGACUACACGGGGCGGGCCUCGGGAGAGGCGUUCGUACACUUCGUUGACAAGGAGAGCGCACAGGAAGCGCUCAACAGGGACAGGGAGAAAAUAGGACACAGAUAUAUUGAAGUCUUCCUGAGCUCAGCGGACGAAGUUCGCGCUUACUCCGCUCGCAUGGAGGGCGGGUUCCGCUCCACGCGAGGUUAUAGACCCACCCCCUACGAUAGGAAUGACAGAUUCGGAGGUGGGGGCCGCUUCGGUGGCAGAGGUCGAGGGUCUUUCGGUAAGGGUGGCAGCUAUGGCGGCGGGCGCGGCGGGUUCCGGCGCGGGGGAGGGGGGGGCUGCCACUGCGUGCACAUGCGCGGGCUUCCCUUCAAGGCCUCGCCGCAGGACAUCGCCUAUUUCUUCAAGCCGAUCCGGCCUGUGAACAUCAACAUAUUGUACGACAACAGUGGCAGACCUUCGGGAGAAGCCGAUGUAGAGUUUGAGUGCCAUGAAGAUGCCAUGAGGGCGAUGCGACGCGAUAAGAACAACAUGGACCAUCGCUACAUCGAGCUGUUCCUCAACUCGGCGCCGGGCGGCGGCGGCGGGUUCAAGCCCAACAGGAGCUUCCGCAACUACUGA